UUAAACUGUGGCCAGUCAUGAAAUGUAGGCAGAUACUCUAACAUAAUAUAAGUUCAGUUCACUGUAAGCGACCAUAUUGAUAGGGCAACUGGCGGCAGCUUCCUUGUGAAGCCGACUCACCUCCCAUAUACCCAAAUGCUAUGAUCCAUUAACCUCACAUAUCUACUUCAUCGACAAGCGCAGAGGCCUGGGACUGACAAAUGGCGUUCGUGCGACGUUCCCAACCUGUCUGGGUGCUGUUGGGCAACGCAAAGCCAUAUGGCGUCCUGAUCAACCUGGAUGUCCUGCAGCGUGGAGCUAAGCAGCCGCUGGGAGUCCUGGAGCUGUUGUCGACUGCCGCCGACUGCAGCCAUCAGAAGCAACCGACUGGCCCAACAUGCUUCCCACAGCUCGCAGACCAGUUGCGCCUUCUUCCACCGUUGGCACGUGCAUCACUUGCUGCCCAAAGCCGGGGCUUUCAUUCUUCUCGGCUGUUAUCAGGACCUUUCCAGCUCACGCGGCCAUGCCUUUCUGCGGAAAAGCUGCCAAAGCACACUUCUGGACCCGCAGCAAAGCCUUCUGCUUCACUUCCAAAGGCCGAGGACUGCGACACUGCUAUCCGAGAAAUCGAGGACUUGCACUGGCGGCUUAACCAGUUGGAGCGGCCUUCGUCGUUGCGAGGAAUUGGUUCGCAGGUCAAGGAUGUGAUCGUUGCCAUUGGUAACGGGCUGGUGGCGGUCGUGCGAUUUACCGCUACCGUUCCAUCACGCAUAGAGCGCUUCCGCAGCAUGAGUAAGGAGGAGUGGCAGGCCAAGAAGUCGGCCAUGUGGACGGGCUUCAAGCACGAGGCACACCAUUAUUGGGUGGGCUUCAAGCUAUUGGCGUACGAGGUGCGGGUCGCCUCCACGUACGCGCUCAAGGCGGCACGCGGGGAGGAGCUCACGAGGCGCGAGCGGCGGCAGCUGACGCGCACCACCGCCGACCUCUUCCGCCUGGUGCCCCUCGUCAUCAUCGUGGUGGUGCCCUUCCUGGAGUUCACGCUGCCGCUGCUGCUGCGGCUGUUCCCCAACAUGCUGCCCUCCACCUUUGAGGACAAGCUGAAGAAGGAGGAGGAGAUGAAGCGGCGCCUGUCGGUCAAGCUCGAGCUCGCCAAGUUUCUCCAGGACACUGUGAGCGAGAUGGCCAAGGACCUGCAGCGCACCGGCAAGGGCAAGCAGGCCGUCACCGCCAACGAGCUCUACGAGUUCCUGCAGAAGAUCCGCGCGGGUGCUGCCGUGGAGAACCACGAGAUCAUUCGCUUCGCGCAGCUCUUCAACGACGCGCUCACCCUGGACAACCUGGAGCGCGUGCAGCUGGUGUCCAUUGCGCAGUUCGUGGGGCUGAGCCCCUUCGGUACCGACCAGUUCCUGCGCAACCGCCUGCGUGCGCGCCUGCAGCAGAUCAAGCACGACGACUACGAGAUCGAGCGUGAGGGCCUGGAGAACCUGACGGAGGACGAGCUGCGCCAGGCCUGCCGCGCCCGCGGCAUGCGCGCGCCGUUCGGGGAGGGCGCGGUGCCCUUCAUGCGCAGGCAGCUGCAGGACUGGCUGGACCUGUCGCUGCACCGCGGUCUGCCCUCCUCGCUGCUGCUGCUCAGUCGCGCCUUCACAAUCACCGCCUCGGUCAAGGACGUGGCGGCCAAGAAGGAUCUGGCCUACGAGAAGCUGAAGGAGACGCUGUCGGUCAUCCCCGAGGAGGUGGUGGAGCGCGUGGAGUUCGAGGCGCUGGGCGGGGCCAAGGGCGGAGCCAAGGCUCUUGCCAAGAAGCUGGAGUUCCUGAAGCGCGAGGAGGAGCUGAUCAAGGAGGAGGCCAAGGCGGCAAAGGCGGCAGCCAAGGACACCGCUGCCGCAGCCAAGGCCGCCACUGCCAAGGCCGCCACCGCCAAGGCUGCAGCUGCCAAGGCCGCGCCCGAGGCGCAGCCCUUCACCUCGGCUGCCGCGGUUGGCGCCACGGGCGAUAUGGCUGCGUUUGCCGCUGAGGCGCGGGCCGCCUCUGCUGCGGCCGCGGCCGCGGAGGCUGCUGCGUUCGCGCCGAACGGCACUGUGCUGAGCCCCGGCAUGGCUGAGGCUGCGCAGGCCGCUGCUGCUGCUGCCAUGGGGGCUGCACUGAAGCCCGAGUUGGACGCCGCGCUGACGGUGGAGGCGCUGUCUGACGAGGAGAAGGCCGCCAAGGUUGCCGCUGCCCGCGAGGCCCGCGUGUCCGCCAUCCUGGAGUCCCUGCUCAGUUUGGCCGCCUCCUCCGCGGUGGCUCGCGAGCGGCAGCUGUUCAUGGAGCUGGUGCGCAACGAGAUGGCGCGACUCAACCGCAGCAUCGUGGAGAAGACGGUCGGCAGCUCCAUGGCCUUCAGCAGCGCAGGCCUGCAGGUCGCCGGAGGCGCAGCCAACGGCGGCGCAGCGGCCAACGGCAGCGGCCCCACCAGGGCCAGGACCACUGAGAGCAGCACCGCCAGCGGCGGCGAGCCCAACGCCUCCAAGCGCCUGGGCGACCGCGUGGCCAAGAUGCUUCAUAGCAUCGAGUUGGAGCUGGACAACGUGGAGAACAAGAUCGGCGACCGGCUGCAGCUGCUGGACGCGGACCGGGACGGAGUGGUGUCCAAGCAGGAGCUGCAGGCGGCGGUGAUGGUGCUGCGGCAGCAGCUGGACCCGUCGGAUCUGGAUCUCCUCUUCGAGAAGCUGGGUCUGGAUCCGUACGACACCGCCUCCAGCUCGCCUAUCAAGCUGGACGAGCUAGCUGCGAUUGUGGAGCAGCGGCGCGCGGCGGCGGCAGCAGAGCGGAACUCGGACGAGGCCACCAAGACCAAGCCGUCGCCUGCAGCGGGCGGCUCGCCCAAGCGUGAGGGCAGCAAGGAGGGCGGCAAGAAGAGCGAGGGCAGCAAGAAGACCGAGGCGGGAGCGAAUGCGGAGGUGGUGAAGAUCCACACAAUGUAGGCCGGAGGUUGAGGGGGUUUGGUAGCAGAGGUGUGGGAUGGGGUGAGGUAGGGUAGCGUAGAGUAGGGCCGUGGUGUAACGGCGGGAAGAGGAAGAGGAGGAUGGGCAUGCGUGGUGGAGGACAAGGACGAAGGGAGACAGGAGGGAGGUGUUACCGGUAGUUGAUGCUGGAGUAUAGUUUAAUGGUGGCACCGGUUGCGUUCAGUUGUUUUGUAGAUUUGUGUUCAGGCUGUGCACUGCUGAAGGCAUUACGUCAAGGGGGGGGGGGCGAAGCCGCCCUGUACGUUUGGAAAGGCGUUGUUAGAGCUAUUAGAGGUAUGUAGUCUGUUUAGUGCAUGGGUCGUUGGGGGUGUGGAAAGCUCUGCGGAUGGGGUCCUGCGAGGCUGCUGCUGGUGGUGAUGUUGGUAGCCCCCAAGUGUUCAAAGAAAAUUGGCCGCGAGUAGGAGCCCCCGUGUGUGCGAAGGAAGGAUGCCAUGAACAUUUUGCCAUGGAGGUAGAAGUCUGAGGCUGAGGUGAAAAUCUUAGCUCCGGGCUGUGCUGGAGAACUGACAGGAUGCAUAGAAGAGCGGCUUUUGAGGACUGGGGGAUAGCAUCUAGCAGGCAUCUUUGUGUUUUUCAAGGAACCGGAAAGGGGAGAUCUAUGUAUUGCCUUGAAGGCGUUGCUUUCGAGUCCUCAUUGUGGUAAAGCCUCAUUAGCCUCUAAGAAUACCUAGGCCCCGAACAUACGAACCGCUGUCUGUGUUGCAGUACGCCCGAUGUGUGGAGGUACUUGCUCAUGAUUUCUGUCCCUGCAAAUUUUUUUCUGCAUAUUGCACCUCGGCUGCACGUUUAGUUGCCCUGCCGAUACACACACAUGAUGUUGCACUGAGCGGCGGCGGCCAGGAAAGGAGGUAGGCGUGUUGGAGAGUGCGAUGCAUGGCGCACGUGCUGUGUUAAGCUGCGCUAAGGUUGGCGGACGCACAGCCUGCAUGGACUGGAACAACACUGUUGUGCGCAUUCUUGUCUGCAUACCGGUAGCUGACAAGUGUGUUCUGCUGUACGCGUUGGAUGACACCCACGGUGUGGAGUAAAGCGGAAGAGCGUCAGAGACUGCCAGGAGUGUAAGCUGAAGUACUUG